CUCUCUGCACCUCCCUCUGCACGCAGUGCAUUGUGGGUAUUGUUCAGCUCGAGUGAUUGGAGCUCGGUGUCUGUAGCGGAGUUACAGGAUCUCUGUGAGAGGAGAGGAACAGACUCCCAGCUCUGCGGCCGCCAUUGCUCGCUCCGGGUCUCCGUAAGUGUGCCAUGUUCUCCCUAUGGGCCGUGCUCCGGUGUGGCCGGUUCUCUGUUUGCUCUGUGUACCGGGCCGUGUGACGCCAUACUCGCUGUUUAUUGUUCCGGGUGUCAGUGCGCGGUGCGGCCUGGUCUGCCUCGGCGCCGGUUUCCCGGUGAUGGCGCAGGUUGCUCUCUGUCCGCCUGGGCCUCGUGCGGGCCGCACGGCGCUGCUUUCAUUUUGUUGCCGUUUAAAAUGGCCGCGGAGUGUCCUGUAAGUCCGGAGUGUCCGGUGUGAUGGCCGUGAAGCAUGGCGGUCUAUAUCCUGGCAGGGGGGCACUCUGUAUCUCGUGUAAAAACAAAGCUUUCUGUUUUUCCGGUGAUUGCCAUGGUUUGCGGUGUAAUGGAGCGGUCAGUGCAGAGUAGAGGAUCGGCGCGGAUAGAGUAAAUGUGAGGCCCAAAACUGACAACGAUAAGGACCCUCUCCGUCCAUUUACAGAGGGCGCAAUUAUGUCCUAAAAUGUAAUUCCCGUGUCGGGCUAUUUGUAUAUGUAAAAUGCAAGUUUAAGGUUUUCUUGUAAAGCUGUUGGAUUGUAGGCAGUGUGCUCAAAACCCUGAGCUGUGCAUACAGUUAUGGGUGCAUUUAUUUUAAACUUUUCAUCUCCUAUACCAGUUUAUAUAAAACAUAGUUUGUCACUUUGUGUUAGUAAACCGGGAGCGUCACAGCCGAGAAAAAUUUGACUUAAAAAAAUCCCAUUGCUGCUGCCUACAUUUUAUUAUGGCAUAUUUUUAGCACGAAAACAACUUUAGGUUAAUUGAAUGGUUUUGGUGUAUAGAUCAUGCUCCUGCAGUCAUAUUGUCCGAUUCUGUGCCGUUUAGGAGUAAAAUCUAUUUUGUUUUAUACAGCCUUAGACCGGUCCUAGACUGACACAGCCUGCAUGAAAAAAAUAUAUUUUUAAUCUGAUGUGAAUUUGCUUUUGAAGGGACAAUUAUAUUAAAGACCACUAUAGGUGCCAGGUCCAGCCAGGUUCAACCCCCUUUUUUUUCUAUAAACAUAAGUUUCAGAGAAACUGCUAUGUGUAUUAACCAUACAGCCUCUAGUGGCUCUCAUUGACAGCCGCUAGAGGCGCUUCCGUGCUUCUCACUGUGAUUUUCACAGUGAGAAGACGCCAGCGUCCAUAGGAAAGCAUUGAGAUGACGCGUGCGCAUUCAGCCGAUGACGUCGCUAUGGAGGAGGAGAAAGUUUUCGACUGCAGGUUUUAAGGGGACACGGACACUGCACCCAGGCCACUAUAAUGAGUUAAAGGUGGUCUGGGUUACCAUAGUGUCCCUUUAAAUUUUUUCUAAUCGAGGGAUGCUCAGUUACUAGAAAAUAAGCCAGCUUUGGGUGAGCCGGGAUGGUUUUCUUAUAGAUAAAGCUUGGUUACUUCACAUAUUCUCAUUGAUGUGUAUGGAUGGGUGUUAGGAUGCCAGGUUUGGUGUCAAUUUUUAUGAUCAGUAUCACUUGGCUCAAGCUAGGUUGAUCAUUUUUUGAUUGUUCUUUAGUAAAUACAUACUUUCAUGAAAUAAAGCUGAAUGAACAAGAAGCCAACCUGAAUAUGAAGCCAACUUUAGCAUCAUAUUUUGUAUGUCAAAUGACCUGUGUAUAAACUCAUACAAUUCGCUGUUUUUUGCAAAAGUUUUAUGCAUUUCUUAAAUAAUCAACCGGUAUGUGCGAUUGUUACAGCAAGUUUUCAAUUUUUCAAGAAGGCUUUAUCUGGCACAUUUUGCAUUCUUGUUUGUUUGGUUUAAAAAUGGAGAGAUAGUUGGUACCGUAAGUUAUGUUAUGCACUACUUUGACCCUUUUUAUUCUUUUGACCUGGCACAGAAAAUAUGGGAUGACAUACAAGUCUAACAGAGUAUGAGUUGCAGAGAGCUGUUACCUUGUUCACUGGCAGCAGGAAAUAUAUUCACCUGAUUAUGGUUUCUGUUCCCAUUACGGUUUGUUUUUAUGUGCUUUGCUAAAAAUGCUACUUUAUUAGGCUAUUUAUACACUAGUGCAUUAAAUGAUUUUUAUUUUUUUAGAUAUUUUGUUAUUAAUGGGUAGUGGUGUUAUCACAUUUUUACGUUCUAAAUGCUAGUGUUAGUACUGUAGGAAACAAUUCCUUCACUGGCUAAGAACCACAAAUCAGGAGUCUAAUAUUGGGCUCUGAUCCUAUGUACAAGAGUUUUGGAUAAGUGUCUUAUCUCCCAGCUGCAGUUAAAUAUCACAUGGGAUGAGCAGAAAUGCCUUAUAAAUGAACAGUGGUUGUAACAUGCUGCCAACAGUGUAUAAGCUGUGUAGUGAUCAGAACAGUUCCUGAUUGCACUUUGCACAAGACAUGGCACUGGGGCGAUGUGUGAGAGUAAUCCUUGCUACUUUUGCAUGUAUCUCUUCAGAAAAUAGCAGUUUUUAUUUCUCUUACUCUCACCCCAGUGAAUAAUACUGAACUUCUUACUGUGGUCACGAAACAAGGGAGUAAAGUUUAAAUUGCACUCAAUUGCCUGGAUAUGGAUGUGUUGCAGUGGAAUCUCCCCAUGAUGCUUUGGUAUCAGCUAAGAAAUGAUAGAAUCAUUGCAUCCAUAGUAAAAGAAACAGCUGGAUAAUUUGCAUGCACGUAAAGGGUUAGUCCAUAUGAAUACUGGAAUUGAGAAUUUAGGGUUAAUCUUUACUAGCUUUUAAAGAGUGUGUAAACUACAAAGGGUUAACAUUUGGGAAGAGUGCAAUUUACAAAGGUGUAUUGGCGCAACUGAAAGAGUUAAUUCUGUGCACAGUAUACUGUUUAAAAUAUAUUGCCCCAUCUUAUUAUAUUCCAGUAGGUGUCUGCACCUUUACCUGUAGGUAAUUUUGGCAAACACCAGUGCCUUUCUUGAAGCUAUACGGGAAAGUUGUUGGAGAGCUGGGCAGCCUCAUCGCAAGUGGCCACUGAUGUUCCAUUGUGUUAUGUUUGCCCCUCCCCCCUCCCUGGACUAGGGCUGGGUACAUACCCAGCACUCUUGUAACAACUCUGUCACUGCAUUUUCCCAUUGGGUUACCUCAGUUCUAUUUGUUUGUCACACAUUGAUUUGAAAUCUUAGUCUGAAUGAAAACCAUGCCUGUUGCUCAAUAAGAGAUCUUCUUGUCUUUAUUAUGCCUUGUGAGAGGUUGAGCUACUAAUCACUCAUUCCUUUAGUUAGCUAUACUGCUGAAGAUGCUCAGACUGCUUGUUGAGUAGUUCUAGGGUACCAGGUUGCUGCAAUAACUCCUCAAUCUUUUUGGUGACAUGGAAAAUGGAUGGAUGCAGUAGCAGGUUCAGGUCUGGAUUAAAGAGAUAUAUCCUAACAAUUUUUGCUUAAUGAAGUGGUUUUGGUGUAUAUAGAUCAGGCCCCUGCAGUCUCACUGCUCAUUUCUCUGUUUAGCAGUUAUAUCAAUUUGUAUAUCUGGCCUAGUCACACCUCUCAUGUGUUCGAUUCACACUGCUUUCCUUAACACUUUUACAACAUCUGGCUUCUGCAAACUAUUUUGAUUCUGCCAUUCAUUCAUUGGCUGAUAGCAUCAGCUGAUCACUCUCAGACUAUGAAUGCCACGCUGUGCAUAGACAAAUGCACAGUAUUGACCUUUUCCAGCUCUUUCCAGGAUCACUAAUGAUGCCCUAUUGAUGCUGCCAAAGGGUGGAUUUACAGACUCCAGGGUACACAUACUCAAAGCAUCCUGAGCUCUUCAAAUCAGUGAAGUGGCCAUGGUCAUUGCAUUAAAAAAAAAAAAAAAACACAAAAACCUCCCACAAAUUAUUAAAAUAUAUACAGUGUUUGUCAGUAUAUGGUAAUUGGUGUUUGAUAAACAUGCAUUUUCAGCAAAUUUUAUCGUGUGUGUACUGAAAACCAUUUCUUGAUGCUUGGGACUAUUGGGUUAGAUUAUACUGUGUAGUUUUGUUUGGAUGACUGGAAUCAAAUAUUCUCCUUUGAUUUAUGCCCCAAUAUAAUUCAGUCAGAGCUUCUGCAGAAUAGUUGAUUAUCUUGGUUUGCUACCAACCCUUCUGUCUAUGUUUUAUCUGAGAUUCUUCCUCCUCUGUUUCUUUCAAACCCUCAUUCUUCAACUGGCUGCUUUUCUUUGGAGCCAACUGUACUUUUCUUAAACUUUAAUCCCCAAGGCCACCUGCUUAAAUACUUUUCAUUGCCCUCAGUCUGCUGUUCUCUUCAACCUUUACCCUCAACGCAUAUUUUGUUGUUUGCUUCUCUGAAAGCCUCUCUCAUCUUUGCUGUCUAAAUUUUCCUGAAUUCUCUUGCUUCUUUGCUUCUCUGAAAUACUUUCCCCUAUAUUUUGCAAUUUGUUUUUCUCUGAAUUCCUUUUCCCCAUACUUUGUCAUCUACAUUUAUUGGAAUUUCUGUCCCCAGUAUUUUGCUGUCUUUAUUUCUCUGAAAUCCUUCCCCACCAAAUUUUCAGAUUCUCUGAAACUCAUCCCUUUCCCAAUGCUGUCUGCAUUUCUCUGAAAUCUACUACAUUUUGCCUCACCUGUAUUUUUAUUUUAUUCCCCAAUAAUGGUGGAUCCAGUUACUUCCACCUACCUCUUCAUUUCCAGCAUCCACUAUCAACUUUAUCUCCUCACCAUCAUGAUUGUUUCCCCACCACCAGUUGAAUUUGGCCAUCCUGGUCCAAGUCCUCAACCCAGUAGCUCUUUGCUAAAGUGUAAUAUGUUACAACAUACCCCAGCUCAGCAUGCAGCCUUGUUUCCUGCACUUGUUGUCCCUGUCAUGCUCACCUUUUCAACUUACAAAAUAUUUAGUGCAGGUCUUCUUUGAGUACUUCACUAAAUUGGAAAUUUUUGGUGUGUGGACAGUAAAAUUGCAAAAUCAAGUUCUUCCUCUCCUUUGCCAUAUGAGUUCUUUUCAAACCUUUCCUGUGGCCACUUUGAAUUUCUCUGAAACACUCACUUUGCCGUCUGCUUUUCUGUGAAAGACCACCUUUGCCGUUUGCGCUGAUCUGAAACUUUGCCUUCCUUUGCUCUCUGUGUUGAUCUGAAACACCUCCAGUGCUGUGUUUCUCGGACCCCUACCCCCACCUUGCCGCCUGCAUUUCUUUGAAUCUCUCCACCCCUUUGUUCUCCACACACUGCACAAUGAUAGCAAUGCCACCUGCCGCCUCCAUCCCCAACAUCUACCUUCCACUCCAUAUCUUCAUCACCAUGUUACCACCCAGUGGUUCUUUCCCACCUGCUCUCAUGGUGGAUUGCUUUCCCUUUCUUCAUGUGCAACUUGUUCAUGUGCAGCCUACCCCUGCAUUGCACACAUUUUUCUUACACUUUACCUCCACCUUCAGACAUUCUUGUUUCAUGCAUCGUGGUUGUCUGUCAUGCUUGCCGUAUUCAGUUUUCAAAAUAUUAUUUAGUCCAUGACAUCUUUGGGCUCUUCACUGGGAAUGUUUGUGUAUAUAGUAAAAACUAAGCGAACGUUACCUGCGCUCUGGCCUAAUGUUUUUGUAUAGUCUGGAACAUUUUUAAAGAAUAGAUCUUAUAUUGCAAUAGAAUUGUCAAUUCGCUGCUUUACUGUCCCCUUAAUCCAGGAUUUCCAAACAUUAGCUUUUAUCAUUUAUGACAGGUGAGACCCAUAUUGGCUGAUUUAAUGGACACGUAUGGUAAACACUUAGGUUUAGGUUAUCUGAAUUAUAGGACAGUAACACAGACAAUGAAAUCAACAUCUGCUACAGAAGAAAGGGAAGGUUUUUGUUUUUUUUAACAUGCUAGAAACGCACAAGCCUGGAAACUAAUCUACUUAAUUUGUGUUUUCUUGUAUACACUGAGAAAAGCUUAUUAAUUCUAUAAUAUUUUGCGUUCCCAAAUAUGUUGUAGUUAAGAAUGUUGAGUUGAUAUCUCCCACUCCCCUCUUCAGAAACAUGUCCAUUUGUGGAAUUAAAAUAUUGUUUUGUCUUGAUUUUGGUAUGUUUUGAACACUGCUCUGUUAAAUAACUUGAUAAUUUAAUAUAGCACUUAAAGAACAAGACUGGACAAAAUCUUCCUACCAUAAAAAUUCAAAAUAGAGCUGGAGGCCAGAAUUAUCCUAAACAGAGUUUUGUCUUCUGGUAACUUCUGACUUGGUACUUGUCUCUCUUGCAGUGUCAUGUGCAUUUUUAUCAUAGCUACUAGGUAUUUGUGCCUACAUAUACUGUACUUGAGUUAUUUUGGCACUAGUUUGACUGUUAUUCUAGAACUGGUUGAGCAAUAAUCGGGUAACUAUUUCAUUUGUAUACAUUGCACUUUGGUUACAGACUCUGAAAUCAGGGAGGAGAUAUAUAGAUAUUGAAAUUUGAUCUCUCUAUCAAAUUUACACUAGCUAUUGGUGAGUGAAAACAUAGCCCUGGCAAGCCAUGGACCCUCCAUGCUUCCUGAAGUAAUUUUUAAGACUUGGCUAGUAGCCUAGGACUUGACAUUUUAUGCCCAGAUAGAUAUUGUUUGAACAUGUUUGACUGUUUUUAAACACCAAUUUACUCUUGGGGCAAACUCAUCAUAUUCAUUUUGAUUUAAUCAUAAGAUGAAUCUCAGCUUAUGUAGAAUACUCUGAAACACGGUCACAUUAUCCUCAAUUGAUAAGUUGCACUGUAUUUGAUGCUGUGAGAUAGAAGCCAUCAUAGUUAGAUUAUGCUAUUGAGGAGGACAAAUCGCAAAACAAUACUUAGUCUAAAAACUCAUAUUGAUUAUAGGGAAGUCAGAUCACAUUGUAAGUUGUCUCACACUAUCAAAUACUGUGCUAUUGUCACUACCUGAACUGGUUUUGAUUGUUGACAACAGUAUAUGCAUGCUUUUCUUGACUUUUGUUGUCAUUGAACUUAGGGCAAGGCGUUCCAUAACCUCGAAAGCUGGUCCUACAGAGGAUCACAUACAACUGUCAUACUCUUAGAAGGAAUUUGCCACUCACACUGCUGUAAAAGUAAAAACAUAAUUUUAAAAAUAUUGACUAAAAUGAAUAUAAACUUUUUUUUUUCUUCACAAGAAAUGAGAAUGUAACUAAAUUUUCCUUAAAGCUGCUCUUCUGGUUGCCGAUCUUAUCGGGAUAUAACCUAGGCCAUUGUUAUCUGUGAGGGCAUCAGAAGUACGUACAAGAACAUUUCAUCUUGAAAUUUUGGUGUAUUGAUUUAAAUAAGUAAAUUUAAAAGCGUUGUGUAAAUAAUUUAUUGAGAAAUUCAUGCUAUCCCUCGUAGCAUAGAAUGAGGUAGGGCAGAGCAAAUGUGAUGAGUGUGCUUUGAAAGACAAACCAUAGUGGUGAGGCACAGAUAGGAAUACAUUGAUUUGAAUGAAGAGUUAAUAGGUAUGAGAGGUUUGUGUUAAUUCGAUCCAUAAAUAUAUUGGUGUGUAUUAAUGUAUAUUGUCUUAAAUAGUAUAUUUUGUCAUGGCUCCUUAAAUAGAUUUGCUCUUAAAUAGAUAUAUCUGGUUUCUGAAACGCUGCACUUAUUUUUUUUAAAUCCACUACUAAAUUCUAUGUUUCUUAUUCAGAUCAGGGGCUAUUUUAAUGGCUCAAAUUGAUAUAAUGGAAGGAUGUAAACCUUUUUGUACUUUGGCUGGUUUGACUAAAAAUGCUUGUUUUUCUACAGAGUUGUGUGCCAUCUUUCUGCUUCAAGAAGAUUCUUCAAAAGUUGUUUCUAAUUCUUGGCAUACCCACAUCCCAAGCAUAAAUUUGUUUCUUAGUGGGACUUUUCCCUCGUAUUGCUCCACUGACAUUUCAACUUUGGGGAAAAAAAUAAAAUAGCUCUACAAUGGCAAAAUCAUAUCAGCAUUCAUCAGUAAAUAGAGAUAUGUCAGCUCAUCACAGACGUGAUGCAACAGGAGUAGGUCUUCUUGCUGCUAAUCAGUCCUUAAAUGUACCAUCCUCUCUUGGAAGACUGAGCCAAGGAUCUAGCCGUCUUGCUAGCUUAAUGAACCUUGGAGCAAUUUCAAAGCUAAAUUUGCAAGGAUCUCAUAACCCAAUGUCAUCUAGUUCCUCUUCUCAAAGUUUGCCCUCUAUAUUUAACAUUGGUAAUAGAGCGCCAUCCUCACUCUCCUCUCAACAUCGAGGAGAUUCUGAUCAGGCCAGUAAAAUUUUGGCCAGUUUUGGUCUUUCUUCUAGAGAUUUGGAUGAGUUAAGCCGCUAUCCAGAGGAGAAAAUCACUCCCGAAAACUUGCCCCAGAUUCUUCUACAACUUAAAAGAAGACGAUCAGAAGAAAUUCCUUUAUUAGCUUUCAGAGAAGGUCGAUCUCGAGAUCAACAGUUGAGAGGUCCUAGUGAUGACUGGGAUGAUGCACGACCAUUCAGGAGAGAUAGUUUUGAUGAUCGUUCAUCUGGUUUGAACCCUAUUGUUGAUUAUGAUCAUGGGAAUCGUUCCCGAGAAACUAGUUUUCAUGACCGACUAGAUUUUGAAGAUGACAGAUUAAGAGAGCGCGAGAGGUUUAGAGAAGAGAAUCUGUUUUCUGAAACCCCUUAUAGCAAAUUUGAAAAUGAGUAUGACCGUUUGGGUUACAGCCGAUCACAAGAAAGAUCACUUUUUGAAAAACCAAGAGGAUUGCCGUCAAGUAGCAAUAUUGAUGAUUUCCAUGGAUUUUUACCUAAAGGCUUCCCCCACAUAUGUUCCAUAUGUGAUAUUGCUGCUCAUACUAAGCAGGUGAGUUCAUACAUACAAUUUAUUUUUGUUCAUCUGUUUCCUAUUCUUGCAUUACUUUUCUCAAUAUUCUUCUAACGUUCCUUCUUAUUUGCCAUGCUUUAAAUUGCUUCAAAAUAAAUAUUCCUUCUCCCCAAAAUGGUUGGGGGCUUGUCAUUUUAUAUAUAUAUUAUUGUAUGUAUGUAUUUUUUGUUUUUUCUUUUUGAAUCCUUUCAUAAAACUUUGAUGCCAUUGUGUGUCAGGAAUAAUUUCUUUUCAUCUGUUUCCCACUGGCAACUGGUCAAACAAUUGGUGUUCAGUUUAUUGAAAUAGCAUUUUUUAUUAUGCGUGCGCCUACUGGUUUGAAAUUAUCUAAUAAAGGCAGAACCAAUAACGAAAUCUGCUCUUGAAGUACCAAGUCUCUUUCUAUGAGGAGAUUUUUUUUAUUUAUUUUUUUUGGCAGCAACGUUCAAUAAUUACAGGUCAUUUUUUGUUUCUCUUCUUGACAAAUUCACUGGUGGUUUCUUUACUGUCAAAAAGUACCACCAUUAAAGACUAUGCCUACAUAACCUUGGUGUGAUUUUUUUAUUUUUUUUUUUGCUUUUUUUUGGUACUAGAAAUCACUGCACCACUUUAACUACUCAUUAACCUUCCUGAGUUGGACACCGCCCACUGCUCAUAUAUGAGCGCACACAUUAAAGGUCCUCUGUCUAAGCUGCAAUCUAGUUUCCUACCUAUUUUUUUGGUUUAAAGAGCUUGAUUUUUGCCCUUAACUGUCUGUUAAGAAAGACUUUUAUCUGCCCUCUUCCCCUCCAGAUUGGUCCACGAUAUCAGCAGCUGUGGCCCAAAAGUUUAGCUUUAUAGAAUAUCCAUUGUUUAAGGUUUUACUUGCUUCAAAAUUCAAGUCCUGUCUAAUCAUGUAGUUUACUCGACUUGGUCUUGUGUCUGUAAUCUAAACUGUUGCAUAGACCAGCUGUACAGAAAAUUCAAAUUCCGUUGCAAACUACUGCUUUGGUUUGCUGUAUAGAAAACUACUGCAAUCUUCAAACGUCCGUUUAAUAAAUGUAGAUGAUGGUCUUACAUGCACUAUGCUGUGCAUUUUUAACUACUUUCAUUCUCCCCAUCACCUACAGUGGAGGCACGUCUGCUUUACCACUUUGAAUUACUUGAGUGCCUCCACACACCUGUACAUCUGGUUCUUUUACCUUCCUUUUUAAAAUUCGGUUCAGUUUCUUAUUCCAGCCCUACUCUUUGGAAAUUAUGCUUCCUUUCUUAACUUUUACAUUUCUCUAGAGAAUAAUAAUAAUCGAUUAUAAUAAAGUAAACAGUUUUCAUUGUUUCUGCUCUGCAUGCUUGAUUUUGAAAUUGCAGACUCCCCUUUAAGCCUGGUUUAACAAACCUUGCAAAGAUGUAUAUUUAAAAAAAAAAAAUAAAAAAUAAAAAAAGCAAUUCUAAAGAUUUAUUUUACGUUCCAGAUUUUCUUUCCCCCUGAAUUAACUUUAUAUAUUGUUUUUUUUUUUUUUAUUUUUUUUUUUUUUAUAAACCAUUCACAACAUAACCUAGCAGCAUACAAAGAUAACUUGGUCAACUACACAAAAUUUUAUAGCUUUUUAGCAGUUUUAUUUUUAGUUUUUUUUAUGUAUCAUAUAUUGUCCAAAACAGCCUUUUUUUUUUUUUUUUUUUUAAGGUCUCAUUAUUAAUACCUUACAGCUGGGUUUGACAAAUCUAUGUUGCAGUGGUAUUUUGCCCAUCCCAUGCUCUUUUAAGGUUCACUCCCAGCACCACAACCACUACAGUGUUUUGUAGUUGUUACGGUGCUGAGAGUGACAGAUCCAGUGUAAGUAGUCAGACCAGUAGAAAAGUUUCACUUCUUAAUUUGGGUCUGUCUGGUGCCUGUCCCUACCUCCACUAUUUUGGACAGAGCGAUUCCAUCUCUCUUGCAUAGCUACACUCGGCUGUGCAUGGCUUCGCUCAGGAGGGCUAACUGAAACACCUGCUUAGUAGCUUCCAGCUCUCUUAGAUAAGACAACUCGCUUAUAUGUGCAAUCAUGUUCUUCCUGCAUAUAUUUGUGACUCAACAAAUGUUAGCUAUAUUAUCUUUUGUGACAUUUCACAUUAUGCAUUUCCAGCUACAAUUUACAUUUGUGGUCUUAAGUUUCCAUGACCCAAUACAGAUCCUGCUGUAGAGUCUCUUAACAGCCUUAAUAGCCUCUUCUCUACUCACUCAUAUUCAUAACAUAUCUCUGAAAACAUUUCUACAGACGUCUAGUCUCUUUGACGAUCUAUUCAGCAAACACUCUCAAAAAGUAUUCCUGUAUCCAAUAUCAACCGGGACCAUGCUCAAUUGACUCAUGCUUAAAGUACUGUCACCCACAGCUGACCUUUACAACUAACUAUGGACUUGCCCUGUCAUCUCCGACAUCUAGCUUCAAAUUUGAGAAUGUUUUAUACCACCGUAAACUUGCUCCAUCAUCUGAUUUUGACCUCUGUUAUAGGAUCAUCAAUAUAAUAAAUGCAAUCAUAUUCCCAGACAUGACAAAACUGUGGAAGGAUCACCUGUCUCCCUCCGCAUGACAAGUUCACACUAUCAUGACAGAUAUGCUAAAACUACUGUGAUGUGUUAGGAUUUGCCUAACCUAUUAAUGUAAAGAAGUUUAACAAGGUCCUUUUUUAUGUUAUUAUUUUCUGGCUAUAUUUUCCCAGUCUUUGAAAAUUAGAUACCAUGUAACCGUGAUGUUGCCUAUACAGAAUCCUUAUUUAGUCUUUAACAAUCCAGGGUCUUAAUGUAUAAGGCUCCUCCCCCUUUCCAUGCUGUCCAUGUUUUACCCCUACAUCCUUUUGCUAGCAACCAGGGGAGGGACACCAGUAUAGGAGAAUCUGGUUAAAGGGAGAACAUGUGCUGGUACAGAUACAAGAUUGUUGUUGUGUUUUUUUUUUUUUUCUUUAAGCAUGGAGGGGGGGGUAGGAGCACAGAAAUGGUAACUCUAAUCGAAACCAGCAUUUUUUUUUUUUCUUCUUAAAACAGUUUUUGAUUAUCUAUUAAGUAUAUAGUAUUUUGUAACGGACAAAAAGGACUUUAGUUUGAUGUGAAAUAUAUAUAUAUAUAUAUUUAUAUUAAUAUAUAAUAUAAAAUUUGUAAAAAGGUGGAGGGGGGAAAAAAUUUUUUUCCACACAAUGUGUGCAUAAUUAGUGCAGCUUUAAAGUAAUUUUAAAAUAAAUUAAUCUAUACAACAUACAAAUAACAUUUCAAUGUCGAGCAAUUUAAGAGUUUGGUAUGUUUGACUUGUAAGCUUAAUAGCAAUCUCAGAAAAUAAAAUUGCCUCACACACAUAUGUAUUAAUAUAAAGUGGGCAUCACAGACUAUUUACCUAAGGAUAUUGACACUUUUACAUAGCCAUUUAACAACCAAUCUCAGCUUUAUGUUGGCAAUUCUAUGUAGUAAAUUUUUUUUUUUUUUUUACAUGCACAAAUAUAGCAAUAUUAUCUUAUUACUGUACUAUCUUACACUAUCUAGCAGUUUAACCGUACAAAUUACUUUUGAAAGUAGACAUCACAAGGUAUGUCAUAUGGUAUAUUUUGAGACUUAUUGUACAGCCAUUUUAUCAUCAGUUUCUUUCAAAGUUUGUAUUUUUGCAUAUAUUUUCUGUACAUGUACAUUUCAAUUUAGCAUUUGUUUUGUAAGAUACUGCAAUAAAGAUUAAGAUUAAACACUAAAUUGUGCUUAACCCCUUAAGGACCAAACUUCUGGAAUAAAAGGGAAUCAUCAUGACAUGUCACACAUAUGUGUCCUGAAGGGGUUAAAGGGACUCUCCAGUGCAGGAAAACAAACCCGUUUUCCUGGCACUAGAGAAUCCUAUAGUUCCCCCUCCCUCCUGCCCCCUAUCCCUUGUUGCUGAAGGGGUUGAAACUCUUUCAGACACUUGCCUGAAUCCAGCACCGAUGUCCCUCGACUUUGGGUCAGACUCCUCCCAGCGGGGGGGGGGGAGGGGGACCUAAUAUUCAUGCGCAGCAAUGGCCGGGCAUUAGACCUCAUAGGAAAGCUUUAUUCAAUGCUUUCCUGUGGGGGUUCCGGCGACACUGGAGGUCCUCAUGCAGAGUGUGAGGACGUCCAGCGUCAUUUAAAAUAUGUUUAAAAACACGGAAGUCCCUCUAGUGGCUGCUACUAGAGGAGGACUUAACCCUGGAAGGUAAUUAUUGCAGUUUAUAAAAGCUGCAAUAAUUACACUUGCAGGGUUAAGAGUGAUGGGAGUUUGCACCCAGACCACUCCAAUGGGCAGACGUAGUCUGCGUGCCUGGAGUGUCCCUUUAACUAUAUCUCAUAUUUCAUACCUUUUUUGUAAAGUUGUGUGUGUAAAUACCAGGCUCAAAUAAUACCCUGCCGUGUAAACAUUUUUAUUUUUUAAAAAAAUGCAAUUUGAAGAAGGGUCUAUGGGGCAUUUUAGUAUACAUAUAUUUAAAUUACACUAUAUAUGCAUACCAUUUGCAGAAGUGGACACCAGGGCAUUCUCACUUGUGAUCUAUCUUGAGCUUUAUUGAAGUGCCAUUUUAUUUUUUUAUAUUUGAGGGGUGUAUUUUUAUUUCUCAGUUUUACAUACACCAUUUUAUAUUUCUGCUUAUUUAUGUCACGUGAUCCACUGUAAUAUUAUCUUAACUGUGCUCAACAACAUCCCCUAAAUACAAUACCCCAUAUGUAUACAUAUGGGUAAUGUAAUUAUGGUAAUCUUAAUUCCUAAUCCUAAAUGGAACCAUAAUUCUAAUCCCAAAUCUAAUCUUAAACUUCACUCUAAUUUAUAACCUAAUAAUUUACUUAACCAUAGAAACUGAUGUCAGCAGGGAUAUUUCAUUCCUAAUACCAAUUCUAAUAUUCAUCCUUAGCCUAAUCUUAUUUAUAACAUUAAACUAAUACUUAUUCUAAACCUAAUAAUCAAUGUUAAUCCUAAUGCCAUUGGUUUAUCUCCAAUAUCAGUAUUGAUAUUAUCUAAGGGAAUUUGUAUGUUGCUGUCAUCUGCUACCUAUUUUUAGUAUGACAGGCAUCUCCUGCUAGAUUGAAAAUAGUAUACCCAGUGCAUUGCUACUGACAAAGCACAGCACCAAUCAAAAUGGCAUUGGGGCAUGGAGGGAGAUGCUUCAUGGGUUGUUCAGACCUCGGGUUCUCUCAUCAGCUUAAAUGUAUUAUGCUCUAUUGUCCAAGCUCGAAUUUGCUGCUGAAUGUACGAGUGUGUUUUGAGACAGCAGAGGGGGAAAAAAGGUAAAAUUUAAAGAUUAAAGGGAGUGUAUGAGGAUCAUUCUUCACAAAAAUGUGCAAAGUAAAAAAAAAAAAAAAAAACUAUAUUUCUCUCAAUUGUUUCUCUCUUCCCCACUCCCCUUUAUCAAUUACAAUCAUUUUAGGAGUGGAACCAGCACAUCAAUGGACCGACACACAGGAGACGCUGCCAGCUGCUUCUUGAAAUGUAAGUUACUGUUUCUUCAUUUGUGGUUCAGCGUCCAUUUUAUUGCAAAAUAUCAGAAACUUAGGUCCAACAUCUUUAAAAGCUAUAAUCUAAUAACUGCAUGUGAGAUUUUGGGUAUAACUUUAGGAUUUUUAUAUACCUUUUGCACAAUCUAUUUAGUAGCAUUGAAACCUAUGUUUUUGAUAAAUGACUGUUAACAGUGCAUGUAUAUUUCCCAUAUUAGUCUUAAGAAUAGUUUUUUAGAUCUGCUUCUGAAAAUAUAUUAACUAAACCGUGAACACGAUUUGCAAACAGAACUGUGAAAAUUCAAGUACCUAAGACUUUUGUGCCAGAUUUUUGUGUGGGGUGGGGGAGCAGGAGGGAGGUAGGGGAUCUCAGAUCACUUCCUCCCUGCACAUUUAAAUGGCGAUCCAUAUUGGAGUAGAGCAGCUUGUAGCAGGUAUUGCAGCCCUUGACCUGUACCUGGCCUGCCUGGACCCCAGGGAAGCCACUUACACUGCUCGAUUUACACAGCUGCAGAAGGAGCCUCCCCAUUAUACCAAUAGCACAAACAGUCCCCACAAAAACACCACUGACAAUCCACAUACGCAGCCCCACACAUGUACAUACCACCAAACACCUAUUACAUAUCAUCCACACACACACACUAUCCCUCAAGCAGCCCACAUUCAUUGAUGUCAUAAACAACACCACAAACUACUCAUGUACAUAUACAACAACCCACAUACGCACAAUUACAACAUUACAAAGCAACAGAAGCUUAAUACAUCAAUAUACACACCUCAAUUACAAAAAGUUACAGUACUACUAAAAGGUUGCCUAACCCUGAUAUAAACCAAUUCAGAUAUAAGUACCAACUCUUUAAAGUCCCCUGUAGGAUCCCAGAUCACUUUACCUCAAUGGCAAUGUAGUUUUAGUGCUACAAUGUAAAACAUUCCAUUCUGUAGCUAUGGCAAUGACUUCCUGACCGCCACUAGACGUAAUAACAAUCAUACUUUAUAUGAUGACCUCCUACAUUGCACAAGGACGUUUUUAAUGUCCUCUAAUGCUGAUCAUAAAUAAGCUUCAAAUUAAAUGCUUCCCUAUUUGAUUGAACUACCCGCCCCAACAUUUCUCUAUGGGGUGAGGUGCUUUAUAAAUGUCCGUUAGAAGAAAAAAAAAAGACAAAUGCACAGUCGGUUGUUUGAGAACUGGGUACAUUAAACAAACACACACAUUAAAUGCAUUCUCUUGGCACAAAUACUAGUUUAAUGCAUUCAAUCUCAUGUGCUGAAAGCUGAAAUCUAGUGUGUGUUUUUGUUUCUUUUUCUCGUUUUUAAAAAAUAAUUUACAGAAUGCUGCACAAUACAGCUGUCUCUUUAGACACAAACCCUCACUUCAGAAAGACUACAAAGUAAUCUGCCAUAGAAGGAAAGGACACACAGGAAGGCAUAUAGUAAAAAUACCACUGCCUGUUUGUAGUUUCUCUGACUGUCUGCAGUCAGGUUGUGCUUUAACCCCUUCAGGACAGAGGACGGUUCAGGACAGUCAUCUGCAUUUUUGCAUUGCCGACCGGUGACGGUCCUGAACCGUCCAAACGGUGCAAUGUACUUACCCGAUCGCCGGAGUUGCUCCCGUUGUGGGGAGACUGCCUGCAGUCCAGACAGUCUCCCCGCGGCGGAUUAGGACCCCUGGGGCCAUGUGAUCGCUCAAAAGGUGUCCUAGUGUCUGCCUGCUCCCUGCUAGUGUAAAAUCAUAAAAAUAAUAAAGGUUAAUGUUAAUUAAAAAUAAGUUGUGUGUGUGUGUGUGUGUAUGUAUAUAUGUAUGUAUAUAUAUAUAUAUAUAUAUAUAUAUGUGUGUGUGUAUAUAUAUAUCUCAUAUAAUGUCAUACUAAGUAUAUUUUUAUAUUAAUAUGUACAUAUAUUAAUAUAAAAAUACUUACAAUUACACACGUGUGUGUGUGUAUAUAUAAUUAUAUAUUGUAUAUAAAUAUUAUAAAAUGCAAAUAAGUAAUUUAAAUUAAAUAAAAACAUGUAAAAAUAAAAUUUUUUAAAUAUAUAUGUAUGAAAUUUUAUUCUAACUGUAUUUUGAGAUAUAUAUAUAUAUAUAUAUAUAUACACACACACACACACACACACACACACUCACACUUAGAAUGAAAUAUAUAUUAAAUAAAAAUACGAAAUAUACAGAUGUCCAUAUACAAAAUUACAUAAUUAUAUAAAUAUACACGUAGACUUCAAAUAUAUAAAUAUGCAUAUAUAUUUAAAUUCUACGUGCGUAGUUAUGUAAUAUUUUUACAUAAUUAAGUAAUUUUAUUGAUUGCAAAUUGAGGGACCUGUCUGCCAACCCAGGCCGAAAGUCCAGAGAAUUUAAUUUGCUAGCACUAUAUUUUACCCUGUAACUUUCUAUGACACCCUAAAACCUGUACAUGGGGGUACUGUUUUACUCGUGUGUGUGUGUAUAUGUAUAUAUAUAUAUAUAUAUUUAUUUUUGAGCAUGGAAAAAACACAGCAUAUUAAUGAGGCCUAUAUCUAUUAAAUGCGUUAACGUUGUAUUGGUCCCCUGAGUGUAUAUUUACAUUGGCCUUGGGAUUGUAUCUUUGUGAAAUGCAGUACUUUGGCGUACUAGAUUUGCUCAGACCAUGAAAGAAAAGAACGUAAGCAUGGGUCUGAGCUUCUACAGGGGUUAAAAAAUUAUUGUAUUGCACUUUUGUGGUGCUGCUUUCUUGAUCCUCACCCAGUACUAAAGUUUGUUGUUUUUUUCAGACAUUAUAGCAUUAAAAUAGGUUCUUGUGACUUCAAUGGUUUUCCCACUUUACUAUAGGAUGAUGGUUGUGUGUGUUAUUAGUUUAUAGUAAAUCAAACUUUUUAUUUUUUUAUAUAUAUAUAUAGAUAUCCUGAAUGGAAUCCAGAUGCUGGUCGUGGAAUGUAAGUUCCUGUAAUGCCCUUUAAAUAAUAAUGUGCUUUCAUUUGAAACUUUGUGCGUGGAUAUUAUCAGACUGUUUAUUAAUAUGCUUUGAUCUCAUGUGCUGUGGCACCCAUUUUUAGAACUGCAUUUUUGAGGGCUAUUACAAACAGAGGGCAAGUUCACUUCGACUUUAAGUGUAUUUGUUUUUACUAUAUAAACCACAAUUCUGUGGCAAAAAAUAGGUUUUCCAACACGUUAACCACAAAGCUGUACAGCACUACAGCCUCCUUGGCCUGGAUGCAAGGCUUGAAUUUCAAGUCUUAUGCCACUAGCAGGCCUUGAAAAUCAAUCACCACUGCAAGUCUGGACGAUCUAUGGCAUAUUCAACAGAAGUGCUUUUCUACUCGCCAGGUUUAAAUUUUCACUGACCAGUGCGAGUGAAAAUUUAGACUGGGUGGAUCUGUUUUUUUACAGUCAGGCUAUUCAUUUAACUAUACCGACAGAUUCAACUGGGAUUUUGCAUCUUAAAUGGGAAAUACAGUAAAUCAAAAUGUACAAAUAUCAAUCAAUUUACUAGACACUGGAAUUGAGUUCUCCAGAACUGAUAAAGAUUGUCUAUAUUUGCAUCAAUGGCCCUCCAAGCAAAAGCGCACCUGCAUUCUUACUCACAUCUGUUUUGAAUGCAGGGUAUUCAAAAACACACAGCUGGUCAUAUGUGUUUGUAGUGAUCUUCAUUAUACUUAUUUUACGUUGUAAUGACUUAUCUGUUUAGUGGUUGAAGGACGGUUUGGUUUGUAGGACAAAACCGAUCUCAAAUAUCACAACUUGCAAUGCCACCUUUGCUCCUGAUAUUGUUGAGAAUGCAAACAGGCAUGUAAAUACCCACAGUUUGCAUGCAUAUUCCAUACGCAUCUCUCAAAAUCCACUUGUUCCAAAAACCCUAUGCACUUAGUUACUGGUAAAUGAGUGUCAAGUUGUGUUGGAUGCUUCUUUGCCUAAAGUUAAAAUUAAAUGUAAAAAAAAAUUUGUAUUUUAUUAAAGAUUUUCUAAAUCUAGUAUUAGAAACGUGUUUUUAUUUUCUAUAUUUCUUUAUUUUAAUAUGUUAAGAACAUGGGACUGGUGGACUUUCAUGUUUCUAAAUUAAGUCUAAAGCCCCUUAAGUAUUUGAAUGAUGCUUUGUUUACUCUCUAUAUUUAGAUAUGUUGAGAACUGUUAUGUUUCUACAGGGCUGAUCCAUUUAUGCUUCAGAAAUCCACUAAUCCUGCACCAGGAAUAUUGGGGCCACCACCACCACCUCCUCCUCCAUUACACAUGGGAAGUGGUCCAGAAGGAGGACGUGGAGGCCACAGAGGUCACCUAGGUCAGUAAAAGGAACCUAGAGAUAUUGUGUGUAAUAAAGAGACAAUGCUUUUUAUUGAUAUUACUACAUAUGGUGCAUUAAUAAACUGAGCAAAUGUUAACUCCUUUCUGUGCAAAGACAGUACUAAUUUUUUUUGCAUUCUACAGGCUAGGCCAAUUUUGAGCAUUGUGCCAUCUCUAAGUUUAAGUCCUAUUUUUGAAAUCUGUGUAAAUUUUGAGAUUAUUUAUGUACAUGGAUGUAGCCUGGAGUCUUCUGUCACUCACUAGCUACUCAGGCUAAUGCUUCUUGGGGAUUUUUGCUUCAAGUAAUUAAACAAGGUUUAAUGCUGAAAGGAGGGAUGGCACCAGGGGAGUCCAGACACUUUCUUUUGUUUUUCCUCUCUCUGUACUGGUCACAUAUAUGCGUCAUUGUGUCAAAGUAGAUAUUUUUCAGAAUUUUGUGUUUCUGGCACUGUGAACUCAUUAACCGUAAUGGAGCAAAAAAUAACUUGCCAAAGAAGGUUGGUUGUUUAUUUAUUUAUUUUUAAAUUCAGGCUCCAAAGGGUAGUUUAGACCCACUUUAUGCAGCUAAUUUAUCACCAAUCUCUUAAAGUGCCUAACUUACCUUUCCCCAACCGCUUCCUCUUCUCUCCCUCUCUCAGGAUCUGUUCUUCGUUUCUUCCUGUCUGCUCUAAUUUUCUUUAAAACAUAAGACAAAGUAGGGACAAUUUUGUCUUAUGUAUUUUUCCUACGCUUGACCUGCUCUGAUCCACUUACUGUGGGUCAAAGAAAUUGUCCCACAAUACUCACCCUUUCCUCCGUGAUCUUGGGAUGCAUCCUUUCUCUAUUCCCAAAGGUCAUGUCAUUUAGACAAGAUGCCGGCGAAACUACCGAAUUUCUUCCUAACAGAAUGAGAACAGUUUGUCCAUUCAUGGUAGGACGCAAUUCGGGACUUUUUGUUCGGAUCAGAAUUUCAUUUGCAUCUUGCACCUGCUUAGUAGAUAGCUCCCUAAUUCCUACGGUUUUAGGGAGCUACCUACCAAAAGGCUGAAAGACCAAGAUUGGUCUUUUAGCCAAAUUUACGAAUACUAAGGAAAGAUUACUUAGUAUUCGGAAUUAAGGGAGAUUAAAAUUAAUGAACGGGGGUUAGGACAUAGUGUCACCCCCCUUCCCAACUAUGCGUGAGUGGAGGCUAUUGAACGGAGAACCUAGCAUCCCCCCGGACCACCACCUAUUAGCGGCCCCAACUAGUAUCAAAAGGGCAGUGGACAUAUUGUCUCCCUGCACCUCCGGCCCCCACCCAUGAGCGGGUGGGGGCCAAAAGUAACAGGUGGGGGGACCUAUUGUCGCAAACACACAAUUGAUUAAAGGUCCCUAAGCCCCUAGUCAUCCUCCUCCUCAAUAAAAAUAAAUCCUUCCUACCCCCUCACCCUAAAAAUAGUAAGGGACACACACACAAAAAAAAAUUAUAAUUACUAUUAGAUGUCGUCUUUUUUGUUAAACCUUCUUUUUUUUUUUUUUUCAAAAAGGCCAAAUAAAAAGAGAUACCGUAUAUACUCGUCUAUAAGCAGAGUUCUGUUUUUUUGACCAACAAUUGUGAAAUAUGCUAUGACUCAUGGAUAAGUCGAGGGUACUGCAUUUGAAUGGAAUUGUUCCCCUUCUGUUCGGUUACCCUGCUGAAACUUGUACCCCAGCCCAUUCAACUUCCCGACCAGAUAGGAGAACGGUGUUCGGGAGUCAAAAUUCACUAGCACUGACCCAUGAAUAAGUCGACUGUUUUAAAAAUUAAGUUUACUACUUGGGGGUGGGGAUGGGGACCCUGUUGGUAAUGAUAUUUUUAACAUUUAGCCUCCCCCCACCCCUUCUUUGUUACUUAGGGCUCCCACCUGCCGCUCAUGGUCCCCAUUCCUCGGGGAGGACACUAUUUCCUUUCCUGUUAAUUAUUUUAGAAGUUGCCCCACCAUGGGGGACUUGUGCUAGGUCCCCCCUUUUUUGAAUUGGGGUGGCGGGGGCUGCUCACUGUUUAGUAGACAUGCCCAUACUAGCUGUAUAGUGAAUAAGGGCAUUCGUGAGAUUUUAAUUUUGCUUGCUAAUGAGUGUCAUGUUGACCCUCAUAGAAUGACAAGGGGCAUGAGGGGAGUUAGGAAAUGGCGGGGAGCACUACUCCCCGCCGCUUCCAUUUUCACAUACAGUAUAACAAAGAGGGAGCCGUGAGCCAGUAGCACCCGCCUUGUAAUAAAACUAUUCGAACGAAUGAGGUCUUCGUUCAUUCGUUUGAAAUUUCUUUUCAUUCAUUCGUCUUUUUGACGAAUGAAUAGACGAAAUUCCUGUCCGAAUGUUUAACUGGGCAGGCGUGGGAAUUUCAGAACGCUAUUUAGUGUAGGCAUAUGACGUGUCCCACAGGGCCUUCAUCUGCCCACACAAAGUUGGCGGCACUUAGGUCCGGACACAAAAUAAAGUUUAACAAAAUGCUUUAAUUGUGAUAUCUUGAAUUCCUGUUGCACACUUUGUAUUUCUCUUAAACAUGUGCACAGCCUAAUGUAUGAUACUGUAGAAAAAAGGAACAAAACAAAAAAUUUCUGAUUUUGCUUUUGCAGAGAAUGUCAGUACCCCUUAUGCAUGGUUUGCUAGCCAUUUUUGAAGUUACAGGACAAAGCUUUGAAGGAGGCCAACUAGGUUUCCAAAUAAGCCCCCCCCCCCCUUUUUUUUUUUUUUUUUGGUGUGCAGGAGGGUGGCUUCUGUGGGGUUCAGUGGAAUUGGCUGACCAAAGCAGAUGGGAGUCUGAGGUUUCAGGCUUUCCUCCCACCUCUUGUGUGUGUGCCUGUUCUUGCCUCCUCACAUGGCUCUCAACAAGCUGUUAGGAAGUGACUUGAACUCUCUGGAACAGCCCAGCCUAGUGUGCUAUUAUGUUGCUGCAGGGGGCGAAUGGGUCCUUAAUCUAAGAGUCCACCCACGGGCCAAAUUUGUGGGCUCCGCGGGCAUUUUGUUUGACAGCCCAGCUCUAUACAGUACUAGAAUAUCUCAUUUUAAAAUAGCGGUGGGCCACUAACUAUUAAAUCACUGGUUAUACUUAGUCAUUAGAGUUCUAACUCAUAGCAUGAAAAUUAACAAAUUGUUAAAACAGUUUACUUACAUUUAUUAACAUGCUUUGGCAAACUAAGAUAAUUUUUUUUCCAAACUGAAAAAAAACAAACGCCAAGUGACAUUUAUUUUUGUUGUAACCUGCAGGAAAUGAAGAUAUGUCCAGAGAAAGACACAUGCAGAAAGGCCGACAGGUUUGUAUAUAUGCAUAUAAAUAACUCUACUGAAAAGUAAAUCUGAGAAAUUGUGUUAUAAGAAUUAAUAUGGCAGUCUUGUAAUGUAAUUUGUUGUCUUACAACUUCUUUUGACUUGUUUCAAUCUUUUUCUUCAUACAAUUAACUUGCUUAACUACUCGAUCCUAGAAAGUCAUAAGAGUAGUGUGUAUAAUGUAAAACCUUGUGGAGAUGUUUUAAUCUAGUACAACAGUAUUUUUGCCCUUUCUCUCUGCAUUGGAACAGUAUGGAGCCAUGGUGCAUGUUCAAUUAAUCAGAUGGGAUUUUUACACCUAUGUUCCUGCAGUGCUUGAAGGAACACUCCAAGUGCCAUACUUGUGUUCCUUGCCUAGGAUAUGGUGCUAUCCUUUGCUUCAUCCUUUUUGUUUUUGCUGCUACAUACUGCUAAAUGUGCUGGAUGCAUGUACCCAUCAUAUGUCUUGGUUUACUUAUGAAAGUGACAGUGUAGGCGCUAUAAUAUCAUCACAUUGGAUUUGUUAGUUUCCUUUGUCUCUUGGCCCUGUCCCUCCAUUCAGUGUUUAACCUUUUUUCAUGCAGUUUAACACUAAGAUUCCCUGGCAACUCACACCCAUCACACUAUGGCUAAGACAGAGAUUACAAUUUUUGUUCUAUCCAUACCAUUUCAUAUCAGCAGUGGGUGCUAUGAUAGGUUGAAAACAGCAUGAUGACUUUGUCAAUUACAGCAGCCAGUCCAGUGCUGCUCAGUUUAAUGCAGCAUUUCUCAAUUGGAGUUCCGCCAAAAUUUUUACAAAUAAAAUGGCUGCGGGCAGCGUGGGACCAGUGGGAAGUGAUCUCCCUGCUAAGCUCCCUCACGCGGACAGCAGUGAUACUGGAGCCGAAAUAUGACGUCACUCCGGCAUCAAUAAGAGGCGCGCAAGGGAGCUGAGCAGGGAGAUCACUGCUCCCUCGUCGCUCAGCAGCCCCACUGGACCCCAGGGACCGCAUGCUCAGCCUAGCAGUCACACUGGACCCCAGGCUUGGGCCAGCAGCCCCACUGGACCAAUGGGACACAGACUCCAUACCAGCACUCCCAAAGGUUAGGGGGACUGAGUGGAGUAAAAUUUAAAAAAAUAAAUUGUAUGUGUCUGUUAGGAAGUUUGUAUGUGUUUGUCCGUGACAGUGUAUGUGUGUCUGUCAAAGAGUGUGUAUUUGUCAGUGCGUGUGUGUGUGUGUGUGUGUACACUACGUCAAAGAGUUCCACAGAAAAAAUUAAUUGGGAACCCCUGGUCUAAUGCUUACUCUUUAACUCAAGCGGCAUGGGGAGGAUGAGCUACUGGGAACAUUAAUUUAGUUUUAAAACAUUGAAAGCAGUUUAAUGCUCAAUGGAAGGACAGUGCCAGAGGACACCAGACUAGAAUGGUGUCCCUUUAAACACUGAAUUGUAGCAACUCAAAAUGUGGGUACAUUUUGGCAAAAGUAACUGAUCUGGAAACAUUUCUAACUCUAAUAAAAUUACAGUUUAGCUAUUUUCACAUAGAUAAGGCUUGAAACGUGUAACUUCACAUCCUGUACAUUGUUUUUCUGCCAAAUAGUGUUUGCUUAAAGUCAAUUAGUGGCCUUCAGUAAUUUUUUCAAUUUAUUUAUUUAGGAGCUUAGCAGAGUUGUUCACAUUCUGGACUUCCAGAGGGGAAAGAGUUUAAGGUACCAGCUUCUAAAGCUUGCAGAGCCAUUUGGAACAAUCACAAACCACCUAAUUUUGAAUAAAAUCAAUGAGGUAUGUAUUUCUAAGUUGCGUGUGUGUAUUUUUUUAAAUUAUUUUUUUGUGGUGUGGGGGGUGGAUGUUUUCUUUUCUAAUUUUCUGUGCCAGUGGUGGUUUCACUGCCAAUGUUCUAAAUAUAUCUAUUUCUUCAGCCUUCUAUAGACCUAUUGCUACAUUUAGGUAUUUGAUCUAUGAUACAGCAGUGAAUAAAGACGCAAAUUAAGAUUUGUCUCUAUACGCUUUUAUAUCUGAUUGUUUUUAUAUAGACGUUUGUUAUCUUGAUACGUUACAUAUUUGACAAAAGUUGUGUCUUUAUUCACUGCUGGAGCAUAGAUUGAAUAUGGUGUUGACACAUUUUUGAAGCACUCACAUAUUAGUUACUUUCUAUAUAUGUAUAUGCUUGUUUGCUAGUAGCUCUCAUCUAUAUGUGAUGCAGCCCAUUUAUUUAUUUAUUUAUUUGUAUCAGUUAUAAUUAUUUUCAUUUAUUCAGUUCCUCUCUUAUCACUGGUUACAUUUAAAUAAUGGGUCACUAAUUCAGUAACCUAAAUCUAAUCUAAUUUUGUGGCCAUAUUAGCACUUUUUCUAUUGGAUUAUAAAUAACCUAGCACCUCCCACUGUGUUUUUUUUUUUUGUUUGUUUGUUUUUUUGACAAUCUUUAUUUUGCGAUAUGAUUGUAAUACACAAAUAUUGGCAUUGCAGUUUAACAUCUUAUAAGCUUAGGUGCACAAGACUUUCUAAAUGUGCGUGGACAUAAUAGUACAGACAAUUAAUGACAUUGCAGCAGUAACAAAAUGGUGAUCUAUGUUGACUACAUGUUACCUGGAAAACGUAGAACAUUCUGCUUAACAGUGAGAUGUUAAGGUGCUUGAGACUUUUCGAAUGUGUGUUACUGAAAUAGUGAUAUAAUGUUGACAACUUGUUAACUGAAAACAUUCUGCAAAUAUAGUGUCACUGAGGUCUACCAGUGUAUUUUUUAACAUCGCCCUGGUCAAUGCAAAAUCUCAAAAGUGCUGAUAAAAUGUUACAUUGCUAUAAUCACAAACAUAGCCCAAUUGUAAAGUGUCCACACCCUGCAAACUUCAUAGCAAUCCUUUUUUUGUGUGUGUCAGUAUUAACAUACAUCUCUCCUCAUAACUCUUCUUCUCUCCUUCCUGAAGGCGUUUAUUGAAAUGUCAACUUCAGAUGAUGCUUUGGCUGUAGUGGAUUACUACAGGAAUAAUCCAGCUAUUGUUCUUGGACAGCCAGUAAGAGUUCACAUGUCACAGAAGUACAAGAGAAUAAAGGUAUGCUAAUAUUUUUGUAAAGCUGCUUUCCAGUGUGUUAUAAAUUAUUUAUUACAAAAAUUGAUGAGUGUAUUUUCUUAUAAGUGCGUUCAUAUCCUCAUUUAUAUGGUAGAUAAUUAUUUAAAAGACCACUUCCAAAGUAAAAUAUUUGCAUGAAAUGUCUGUUGGGAAAAUACUUGAGUGCUUUUUUUUUUUAUUUUUUUUAUUUUUUUAUUUUUUUAUUAGUCAUACUGAGCACUACAAGGUUUGAAAUUCGUUAUAAAUGUUUUCUUUUCUUUCAAUGGUUUAAGAAACCUGAGGUGAAGACCGAAGAAAAAAGUGAGCCAAAACCAGAUGUUGGCAAAGUGAUACAUCUGAGUAACUUACCCCAUUCUGGUUAUUCUGAUGGAGCGGUUGUCAAGCUUGCUGAAGGUUAUGGAAAAGUGAAAACUUACAUAUUAAUGAGGAUGAAGAACCAGGCAAGUUUAAAUGCACCUAGCUUCACCUCAUGUUUAACAAAUGUGGUGGGUUUUUGCUGCUUGUUAAUGUGCAUUGUCUGAUUAUCAGAGUACUGUUUUUAAAAUGCAUAGCUUUACCAUCGUCAAGUCCUCGCGGUUUAAUCUUGAAGAGGACAGAAUUGUUGGUCUCUUGUGAGCUAAGAUUAUCUGAUGUUUAGCUGCCACUGCAGAAUCUGAAGAAUCAAACUUGCUGGUCACAAUACACAUUGUGAAAUGCUUGUUUACGUGGUUAUCCAUACAAAUAUGCAUUUAAAUUAUAUAUUUUUCUUUUUUAAAGGCUUUUAUUGAAAUGGAGAAAAUGGAAGACGCACUAGCAAUGGUUGAACAUUGUGAAAAAAAACCUCUUUGGUUUCAGGGAAAGUGUUUAAAAGUAGACCUUUCAGAGAAGUACAAGAAGCUUGUUCUACGAGUAAGUUUAAAAAAAAAAAAAAUAAUUAAAAAAUGUAAAACCUUAAUUUAUGUAUCUAUAAGUUUUAAUGUAAUGUUGUUGGUUUUAUGACCUUUUUUGUUGAGAAAGUGCUUUUCAACAUUUUGGCCCAACUUUGUGUGUACCUUUUAAUUGAUUUAUAUAUCUCUUCCCACCCCCAUUUCCAUAUUUUGUUACAUUUUAUAGGCAGUGUAAAUCAAUAACGUAUUACACCACUACCAAAUGAUUUCUUUAGCAAGCUAACUAAAUGCAUGCAAUUGUAAAAUGUUUUGUGCAAGUGACAAUUCAAAGGUUAAGUAUGUAUAUAUCUUUCUAUUGUUUCUCACUAAUAUUUAGACGAGGUUUUGAAACUUAAUUUAAAAAAAUGUACCACACCGCAAUGGUCAUGGUGCAAGAGGUGCAUAUUACCCACCCACCCCAGUGGUUUGACUUUUUAUUUUGGGUUUGCAGGGUGCCGCUCACUGUCUCUGUAGGCGGAAGCUGUAUGCCUAAACUAAGCCUUGGGGUGCACAAACCUGUUAAGUCAAACCAUUUGCAAGUAAUUUGACUGCUUAAAUUGGGGGAAACCCACGGCAUGCCUGGCACUAUAACGAUCACACACCGCUCCUUUAAGUCUUUAUGUAUAUUUAUAUUUUUAAUAAGGUAUUGGGUCACCUGCCUAAUCUAAAUACUGGUUCAUUUUGCAAGGUUCACAUACAAAUGCAUUUUUAGUAUGUUUUAAGGGAUUGCAUUCUGAGAUUUUAAGAGUACAAUUUUAAUUGUUGUAGAUUCCAAACAAGGCGAUUGAUCAACUUCAAAAAGAUAAAACCAGGUAACUUUAUACUAUUUCUUUCAUUAACAAAAUCAGUUUUUCUGUAUUAUUGAUUUUACAAGUAGAAUGUGAAAAUCCUUGUCUUUCAAUUUUACUUUAAAGGGUGCUAAAAUAGGUUCCAUGAUACACCUACUUUUGGGGGGGCUUACGCAGUCUUUUCAAUUUAAACACAAGAUGCUUUCAGGAUGUUCGUCUGUAGUAUCCUGUAUCCUUCUUUUGUAUUUGCUUGCAAAAUAUAGUGCGCACAAACCAUUUUAACAUUAAACGAUUACUUGCACUGGGUUUGCAUUCGCAAGGCAUGCCAGACUGUGCCUAAAGCAGAGCUGCUGAAUUUGGUGGUCCAUAAUAUCGUGCCGCUUAAUGUUCAUAGUUUUUGGGGUUUUUUUUGUUUGUUUUUUUGCAGCUACUCCUUCCUAUGCCCUUUCCAAACUAUGCAUUUAUGUUAAUACUGAUAUCUUCAUGUUUCUAAUGUGGUUUGUUUCCGAGUCCAUCAUCUAAAUGCAAGACAUGGGAGGUAAAUUGAAUGUUCUGAGAGGGUUGGCAGAAGUGUAAGGAGGAUAUGCUGAAAGGGAAAUGUGUAGCAUUGAGACACUAGGAGGAUGUUGAAAGGCACAGGGGCAAUUAAGACGUUGAGGUUUAAAGUUGUCAAUACAUGCCUGGCAUACUUGGAUCAAGUAAUGCUCCGCAAAUAAAAUUUUAGCAGUACUAGCAUUUUGACUACAAAUUCUACUAAAUACCUCAAACAUGUAUACUUUAAUGUAGAAUUAAUAUAAGUUUAAUUUAAAUGCUUUAAAUAUAGCAGAGAAAAUAUAACUGUUUUCAUGUAUUCCAAGUAGAAAUUGAAAGCUCUGUAUCAUUUACAAUUUAUAGAAAAAGAGCCCACUCUCCUGAUCGUAAAGAAGGACCAAGUGAUAAGAAGGCAAUUAAAACAGAAGGCAGUCAAAAAGGGCAAAGCACCAAUGGAGCAAGCAAAUCCACAUCUACUCCAUUAAAAGAAAAGGUGUCCUCUUCUGCUGAUGAUUCUGCAGCAAUGGAAACAAAAGCUGAUGAACAAGCUGAAGAGAGAGAGAUAUCUGUUACAUGUGAGAAUGACCUCUUAGUAGAAGAAUUAGAAGAAGAAGAAGAAGAAGAAGAAGAAGCAGCAGCAGCUCUGCUAGAAACCAGUAGUUCUGUUGGAGAUGAAACUGAUCAACCUGACAUAAGUGAUGAUUAUUCAAAAGUAGCCGCUAAUGAAUGUACGAAGGAAGAUCUUCGUACAUUCAAAGCAAAACAAGAGGGUAAAAAAAAGGUAUGUGGUGCUUUACAAAUAUUUUCAAAAUGUUUCUUUCCUCUGUAUUUUUGCUGGCUGGCUCCCAGCCUUCCAGUUGCAUCAACAGAGGCAGACAUAUACAUAUAUAUUCUCCUGCAGAACCAGCUUGAGAAUGUGUAGAUAUGAUUUUUAUCUUGUUUAAGAGACACCAUGUAUAGCUAAAUGUAAUCAUGUACUACGUGAUUUUAAAGGUUAAUCAUUGUGAAGUUAUGGGAUUAAUACACUACUAAUGUCACCGAGAUUAAUGCUUGCAUUUCGUGUCCCUGCAUAUCCCGAUUUUUGAGUUAAACCUUUUUUUUUUUUUUUUUUUAAAUCUUCUACAAAUUUGUCAGCCUCUUUAGUAGGCGUGGAAGCGGUUUCAUAGGUUUUUAAAGUUCUCCCGGCACUGUGUUUAUAUCAAGUGAUGGCUGACCUCUCUGUCUGUUUUAAACUGCCAAUGCUUUGUUCUAGUGCUUAACUUUCCCAGUCUAUAUCCUAAAGUAGUCUUGGUGCUUCAGCUUGGAAGAUGUUCAUGCACUGUGACUAAUUUAAGCAUUUUGAGAAACAGCUCUGUUUAAGUUUGUCAGUCAGACAAGCAUUUACAGGCACUAGUGAAGACAAAAUGUUUGUCUUCAUGUUCUGCAUCAAGACAAUGCUGAAUGCAGCCAAGUCUCUCUUAGAGAAGCCGUGUUGUGUUUUUAUAUGAGGAGUUUCUCAUUGGACUGGCAAUAGCAGUACAUGCACAAACAGGCUCCCAGAUCUGCUCUAUGGAGAAUAAUUUACUUGACUGAGAUUAUCUGUUUGGAUGACCUAAAAUAAAGGAGCAGUGGCUGUUGUGAGACCAGGUCUUUACUGAAUGAAAGACAAGUGUAACCUUGCCUUAAUUAUUUUACAUUCUACUGGGGUAACCUAAAUGCAAAAGGCACCAGAACACUCUGUUACAAUUACAUAUAUAACAUAAUUACAUAUUUAUAAUGUUUGUGUUCCUUUAAGGGUUUAGAGCUACUAACCUAGUCUAAAAGUAUACAUCUGCCUGAUUCUCUAGUUGAAUCCCACUCAUGAUUGUUAUGCUGUGCAACAACUGUUGCAAUAAGCUGCUGAUUUCAAACCGCAAUAUGGAAUCUCACAGGCAUUGAUUGUUCAAUGCCACACUUGCCAGAGCUCAACUGCUAGACAAUGGCUAGUGUGUUAGAGAUUUUGAGCCCUGUUUAUUCACUAAACACGGAAUUGUAGUUAACAUCAAAUCGCAAACUUCAACUUAAAAUUUUUGUUUUUGACUAUUUUGUCAUUUGCAUUUCAGUCCACUACUGUUUUUUAUUUGGGACUGAACCACAUUAUUUAUCAUUUUCUAAAACAUGUUUCUUAAUGGCUGAACUGUUAGCCCAAAUGUUUGUUUCUGAAAUAAAAUUGGUUAGUAAAAUGUCUGUGAUGUGUGCAAUGGUUUCUAUUUAAAUACAUAAGCGAACUUAAAAUUGUACUACUUUUUUUUCCGCAGGGUUCACAUGAUUAUCCUGGUAAUAUGGAAGAUUUUGUUACUCUGGAUGAAAUUGGUGAAGAAGAAGACUCAGAAGGCCAAAAGUUAAAAGCUAGCAUUGCAGAAACCUCCUUUGAAGAUUCGGCAACUAAAACGGAUGACAGCUUGGUAGAAAUGGUUAUGGCCAGCACAAGUGUUGAAGAACCGGAGCAUGAAAAUGAAGGUGCAACUGAUGAAAAGGAAGUACAAAAUGCAGAAAUAACCAAAACAUCUGAAACCAUAGAAUCAGAAAAUGCUGCUCAUGCUGAUUCUGUCGAAAAGACUGCAGAUGUACCGAAGUCUGUUAUUGGACCUUUCCAGCCGAAUAAUCCUCUUGGUAUGUAUGGGUUUAAUUUAUCUAUAGCAGUAUAAAUUGUACCUCUUUUCCAAACCCAGAUCACUCUGCUUAGCCCAGUUUAUAAACCUUCCAAGAAUGUCGGCAGUCAUUGCCAUCAUUUUGCCAAGUAGCACUCAUACAGAUUUUGCUUAGAAGUGCUCUGAAUUUGCAGUACAUACAACAAUGCAGAUUUACAGCUUUACAUGGUCACAAAGUUAUCAGUUUGUCUACUGUCUGUAAAUAAUUUUAAAUGCCUUAACUCGAUGUGAAAGGGUCACAAAGUGAAUUGUGAAAUAUAUUAAAAAUGCAUAGUUACAGAAAAUAUAGCCAAAGAGAAACCUUUAAUGGAGCAAGAAAUAUUGCUGUCCGUUUUACGUCAUCUUUUUGUACUCUUGUUUUGUUUAUACACAGUGGCUCUAUAAAGAGAGGAAAUGUUUUGGGGGUUUUUUUGGUUUGUUUUUCUCAAAUGUACAUUAAUUGCAGAACAAAGUACAUGUGACCGCUAUCGGCCUUCUAUUCAUCACUAACUUGUACCAGGGUGGACUUUUGUAGUGCAACUCUUAUUAGUCAACAUUCUAUCUCCUCAAGCCAGUUGCUUUUUUCCUAUUUUCACACUAUGGGAUUUGGACAGCUGAUUCACAAUUUAGUUUGUUUCCAGUGUUUGGGGGGACAAAAAUAUGCAACUUCCUAAACCAGCCACCUUGCAGAAAGAUCUAUUUCCGUUAUUUUUAGAAUUGCGUCAUAUCAGGAUUUAAGUAUUUAUUUUUAAAUGAUAACUUGGGGAAUCUUCCAGUUAUGUAUAAAACCAAAUGUGGAUAGUGAAAAAACUGACCGUCAAAAUAGUGCAGGCAAGCCACUAUAUAUAGGGAUGCACUCCCUGUAUCCCUUAACCAAAUGUGCAAAAAACAAAACUGUAUAUACUAUACAGAAAUAGGGCGCCACUUAUCACCAAAUAUAAAGACUGGAUAUAAUUACCCUCCAGCGAAUAAAUGGGAAUAUUCACAUAAAAGAUAUAAAAAGAGAAAACAUCAAAGUGCAAACUUUUAAUUCCAAAGUGAUAAAACCACAUAAAUUAAAACACUCACAAACGAUGUGGCACAAUUGACAAAAUCAAUAUGUGCUGAUGCCUAAAAUAGGCUAAAUCUCCCGGUCUGGCAGUCUGUGGAGGUCUGUGCAAAAGCUGCAAUAAGUGUAGAUCAAAUGGAUAUCCUGAAGAAGUCUGAACAGGAAUAGACGAAACGCGUAGAGCAGAUAUCGACUCGGGAAUCUGAAGCAGCUGAUGGUGAAUCAUUUGAUCUACACUUGUUGCAGCUUUUGCACAGACCUCCACAGACUGCCAGACCGGGAGAUUUAUCCUAUUUUAGGCAUCAGCACUUUAGCACAUAUUGAUUUUGUCAAUUGUGCCACAUCGUUUGUGAGUGUUUUAAUCUUCCAGUUAUGUACUUAAUUGUUUUCAUAAAGAAUGUGCCUCUAAAAUCAUUGGUCCUCAUUGCCAUUCAUUAAUUUUUUGCUAAUUUUUAACAUUUUAUGUGCAAUAUUUUCAUUUUUGUUUCUUAUUUCUUUAGGUGUAGAUUAUGUUGUUCCUAAGACUGGAUUCUACUGCAAACUAUGCUCAUUAUUUUAUACUAAUGAAGAGGUGGCUAAAGUGACACAUUGCAGCAGUUUGUCUCAUUAUCAAAAACUAAAGGUGAACCAUAACACUUAUAUUUGAAUUAUUUGUUAAUCUGUUCAUUAUGCUCGAAUGCAGUUUUCAAAAAUACUAUCAACUAUAUUGUUCUCUAUGGGCCCAAUACUAACAAAACAACAAAUAUUGGUUUACUAAAACCAACUUUUACACAGUACAUGGCAUUGCAAUCGUCUCAGUCCUUACUACCUGGCUACUGUCGCACUGCAGUAUGUAGAAGUACAUACUUCAAAGUAAUCUAUUUUGUCACUGGGUCAGGGCUGAAGAAGAUUAAAGAAUAAAUACGAUAUAGUAAUGUACAUUCAAAGGAUGCUUGCACUAUAUUUUAUAUUUAACCAAAAUUAGUAUGAGCUUAAGAGUAAUAAAGAUUAUGCAGUACAGUUGCACUGCCCCAAACUGACACUAUGUGACAUACAAAUAAAUACCAAAAAUUGAGCGCGCUAGCAACUGCAGUGAAUACAGUAUUCAAUAUACAAUCUGAAAAGAAUAAUAAAAUAUAGUGCGGAUGAUCUAGAAAAUACUCAAGAGAAAAUACCAGAGCCCUAUAUCACCCCUGGCUCUGGGUUUGAUUAGCUCCACUAGAGAGAACACCGUGACAUCGUCUGAAGAAGCCCUGGUAGGUGGGCAAACCGUGUCGUGCAUGACGUCAUCGAGAGGCGGUCCCAAACUGUCACGUGAUCAGAAAGUGACUACAAGCUGCUGCUGUUUUACAUUUGAUUUCUGCUUGUCAAAUUGUGGGUUUAUUGCUGGCAAACCCACUACUUUAAGAGUUUUUAACAUUUGUUAUUAAUAAAUUGUACUUGGAUACAUUUCCAUUUGGGAUCCUUUGCCUCUUUAUCCUCUUGUACUGCACAGAAGUUCCUGGUAUUAUACCUGAUAGAAGGGAGACACCUGUCUUGAUGCAUGCUGUGAGAUUAUCCCUCUCUAGUGGAGCUAAUAGCAGAUAGUCUGCACUACAUAUUUUUAUUAUUCUUUUCAGAUUGUAUAUUGAGAAUAUUUAAAUUUAAAAAUAAAUACCACUUAAGUUGGUGCUUGUGCUAUUCAAACCUCCUAAUGUGUUUUUUUUUUUGUCUUUUCUUUUUUUCCCCUCAUACAGAAAGUCAUGACAAAGAUGGCAAAGAAUACAAAGAAAAAGGAGUAAAACAAAAAAAACUUUUUUUUUUUUUUUUUAUUCAAAAUUGGAAUGUUGAGUUUUCAUUUUCACGAAAAGUGUUCCUGUUUUAAUACAGAAAAAAAGUAUAAAUAAAUGUAUGUUGGUUGUUUAUUUUUCUUUUUUCUCAUGUCUUUUGAAAUGAUAGAGCGAGUACUACCAUUGCCCUUUAUUGUUGUAACAACUGCACAAUAACACAUGUAUUCAUCAAUUCUACAAAGAGUAUUGGGCCAAAAUAAAAAUUAGAAAUGUUAAAUGAAAUUUCCAUAGUUUUUGUUUUAGAAGUGUAUAUAUAAAAAUAAUAGUUUGGACUUUCAUGUAAUCGCUUGCACUCUUGGUAGCAUGAGUAUCCAAUGAUGGUUAUGAAAUUACACUGCUUAGUAGUAAAUGUGUAAUGACGGGUGUGGCUUGGCUUCACUUCAGAGGAUAAAAUUUCAUCCAUGCACUGUACUAGCAAUGUUUUAUAACUAAAGAUACAAACAUUUGGGCCAGGAGCACCUGUGACUUACCAAGUGAAAAAUUAUUUUAUGUUACUUUUUGUUUCUAGGAGUGCAUUCCAGGAUCUCAUACUUAAAGACUGGAUCUUUAGUCAUAUGUUUCUAAUCUCUACUUAUAUUCUGUUAAAAGAAGAAACUUGGUCCGAUGUCAUGGGAAUUUAGUGCCUAUUUCAGUCUAUAUUUGGAUUGUCAUAAGUUGAUGUUAUAUUGGUAUUAAAUUGCAUCUUUAGUAGAUAUGUAUGAUAUUUAUCUAAUGUACUUAGUCUUUGUUUCUCACACAUUCAGAUAUGUGGACUGGAGCACCUUUUUAUUUUUUUUUCUAGUCAAAAAAAUCUUUAACUUUCUCUCAUGUUGACUCUCGAAGAAUUGUUGUAUGAAUAGGCCAUUUACCACUUAGACAGAAACAUUAAAGGGUUACACCAAGCACCAUGACUCCCUUAGUGAUGUGUAGUGAUCAUGGUGCCUAGAGUGUGUGCAGCAUUUUGCUAUGCAAUGCUGCCUGUGCAGAGAUUAUGCCCUCUGCUGCAAGACAAUUCCAAAAUAAAUUUCUUCUUAGAAAUAGUUGAUUUAAUAGGUUUUUGUUUGUGCUUUACUUUAGUUAUACAUUAUUUUACUGUAAAUCCCUAUUUCAGAAAACCAUAUCAAUAUAAAUUAUAUUAAUCUACAUAUGUCCAUAAUCCGCUUAAUCUAGAGUAAAGGUACACAAGUUACUUUGGAUUUCAGUAUUCAUAAGGGAAGGCAGUAUUGUUUUCUACUCGAUCUGUGUGUGAUAAACUAGAUGGUAUUUACGAAGUUGAUUCCAAACUACUUAUUGGGUACGCUUUCAUAUAAAGUAGGUGAAACAUACUGAGGAUUUGUCACUUAACUGGGAUCUGUGUUGUGAAAUUUUAAUAAAAUAUGUACUCUUGAAAAUACUUUCAAUUUGCUUUAUCUAAUAACCUGUUUUAAUUAAUCACAGCUGUGCCGUGCUGACAUUUUGCUCCUCAUGCUGUCAUAUUUGUGUAAAAUGAAAAAUAAUCACGUAUAUGUGUUCCUUGGAGGAUGGCAUUUUAGUUGCACACCUAUUUGUAUUUAUUUUAUUUUUUGCUCUCUUUUGG